AAAACAUCUUAAAAUAAUUGUUCCCCUGAGUGGUUCUUUAACAGGUAGGGCCAAAGGGGUGGUGGGAUUAAAUUAAACAAUUUUUUUUUAUAAUUUCAGCGUGAAAAGCAACAAGCUGUUCAAGAAUUUAUCUUUGUAAUCAAUAGUUUUGAACUUGGACUGCCUCCCAGCUCCUCAUCUCCUAGCUUGAAGGUUGGCCUUUGUUCCUCGUGGGCGUAGCCCGUUUGCAGGGGGCGUGGGCAGGCGGGUGGGUGCGUGCCGACGUCACCGCUCAUUCCCCGAGUGUCACUGCCAAAAUAAAACGAGUAAAAAAAAAAGAGGAAAAAACUUUUUGGACCGGCUCGCGGCGGAGAAACUAAUGGCAGCGAGGCCGUAAGGAAAGCCGCCGUCCUCCCGGGUUGUGAUGCCUGUUCGAGCGGGGCUUUGUCUGCGUAGCCGCGGAGCCUGUUUUCCCCGGUCCGCCGCUGCGGGGUCUCGCUGGGAGAGCCAGCGGGCUGCGGCGGCGCUUUAGCCGACGUGCUAGCUAACGUCAACUUUAGAAAGAAAGUGGAGGAGACGCCGCCGAACGGGACUUUCACCGGCAACCUAUGCGACGGACGGACGGACGGCAGGUGAGGGAUGGAGACCAGAGAGUUGACCGUGGUCGCUGGCAGCUUCGUGGGCUUCCAGCUUCUCUUCUCGGUGGCCAGCCCGCGGCUCUCCUCCUCCAUCACGCCGGGUUAUAGACGGCUCCCUCCGCCUAAGCUGACCGAGUGGAACUCCAGGUUGGUGUCCACUGUGCACGCCCUGAUCGUUGGGUUCUUCUGUUUAUACAUCCUGUGGUUUGAUGACGCCGUCAACGCCAACCCAGUCUGGGGUGACCCCAAUCUUGUCAAACUUAACGUAGCCAUAACCUGUGGUUACCUCAUCUAUGAUCUCGUGUUGUUGGCAUGUAACUGGAAAACCAUGGGGGACAGUUUUUUCGUCUGCCACCACUUGGCGGCGCUCUACGCUUACGGAUAUGUUUUGACACGCGGCGUGCUUCCAUACUUCGCCAACUUCCGCCUCAUCUCGGAGCUGUCCACGCCCUUCGUGAACCAGAGGUGGUUCUUUGAGGCCCUGAAAUACCCGCGCUCUCACCGGAUGGUGGUCUCCAACGGCGUGGCCAUGGCGGUGGUGUUCUUCCUCGUCCGCAUCGCCGUGAUGCCGUCCUACUGGGCCAGUGUCUUCGCCACUUUCGGCACGCCGGAGUUUGAGAGGCUGGGCCUGGGCGCUCAGGUGGCCUGGAUCACGUCCUGCAUUGCGCUGGACGUCCUGAACACCAUCUGGAUGUAUAAAAUCGCCCGCGGCUGCUACAAGGUUAUAACUGGGAGGGGCGGGGCUAAAGUCAAAGACGCAGAGGAGAAGAAGUCUUCUGUGAACAACCACACCGACUGAUGAACGCGAGCGCUGGAGUUCUCAGGUUUCUUAGCCCUCUAGCGGAGGAGGAGAGCGACUCACUACAGCACCAGCAGCGUCAACAUUUCACCUGUUCCUCCCUGCAUCUCCUCUGAAGUGCCUGUGACAAACAGGAAAGCAAUAAGAGCGAAGCAGGAAGACCACCACCUCCUCUUCCUCCCUCCUCGACUGCGCAGGCGACGGGAAACCCACCUCAGAGCAAGAGAAAAGCACCACAAUGCCUCUCCUUCAGUAUUACCUGCUGUGGCCUCUUUCUGACAAGUAGCGCCUCUUUAAGUCACCAGCCAAGCCCCGGUAGACCUUUUUAAAAUGUAGAUUGUACGUUUAAGACACUCUGAGUGUACAUGCAGGACAGAAAAAGCACACGUUAGCUUCUUAUCAGACUGUUGUGUCAUCCCAUCCGACGGUUUCAUUCUACCUCUUCCCCUCAGCUUUACACAGACUCCAAAUGUUUAUCUGUCAAAAACGUCCUCUGAAAAUGUGGGGAAGGAAAUUCAAGCACAACAUCUUUCAUUUGCGAUAAAAUCCUCCAAAUCCUGUGCAGUUCUUCUGGAUCGCCCCAAGCAGAUGAACGCCAUCUAAGGAGGAAUCGCAAUAAUCUAAACGCAUCGGUCUUCCAGAAUGUUCCCCUCCAAGCGUGAUCGAAGCAUGACCCCUAAUGUGUUUGAUGAUUUUCCUCUGCAUGUUUUUACGAGUCUGCACUGGAGCUGCUAUGCAGGCAGAAGAAGAAGCACUCGCUCAAGCACUUGUCCGAGGGGUUUCCGCUGCUCCCGUCCCGUCGGAGCAUCCGAACCUUUUCCUGAAUGACUGCAGCGAGCUCUCUCGGCGUCUGCUGCUUCUCUGAUCCUCUGUGGAGAGCACACUCCUGUCACAGGGGGGGGGGGCGACGGUUCCUUGUGCCUUUACACAAACGGUCAAACUCUUUUUAUUGUUCUGUGUGACUCGAACCUGCCUGCACAACAGUUAACCGGCCAAGUAUUCCAUCCCGAAGCUCGUCCUCCUUUGGGUGAAGCUGUUUCGUUGCUGUGGAUCCAUGUAGUGGCAUUGUAAUUAUCUCAGUUUUGAAAAAAAAAAAAAAAAACGAGCAUGGCAAUCAGUGUAUCUGAAGAAGCUGUGAAAGAUGAACCGUCUUUUUUGGGGGGAGGGGGCGGAGACCUCGUCUCACGCACAAAACGCAAAGCACAGGUUGGUCCUCGACUCCCAAACCAGGCGUUUUCUCCGGGUCCUCCGCGGAUCUCUCAGUAAAUGAACGAUGAAUGAACGUUUUUCUUUUGGGAGACGAUAGUUCAUUAAAUCAAUGAACACAAUGUACUGAAGGAUAUGUCUAAGAGAUAUGUGCAGUAUUGUCUCAUGUAAUGAUGGAUUGAAAAUGUUGCACCCAAAUUUAUUUUUUUUCCAAAUUACUCCCAGAAUCAGGUUUUGGAUGUUUUCUGAAUAAACCUCUAAUUAUUUUAUGAUUCAUCGUGAACAAUAAGGUAUGAAUGACUUCAAACAGCGUCUGAGUGAGGAAGAACAUCCUCUUUACAGUUCAAGAAACCUCUUUUCCUGGAGGUUUUCAUGUGAAAUGAUCAAUGCUUGAUCCCGAGCGUGGGUGCAGGUCCGACUCAGACCGCUGUUGACUAAAAUGACCACUACUACUAACCAUAACUGUAGAGCCGAAAGCCCAGACUUACUUGAAAGUAUUGUUCUUCAAUAAAGUUGAAGAAGAAAAACUGUU